GUGUGAGGUGGUAUUGUAUUGGGUUAUCAGGGAACUUGAUGCUUUGUAAUAAAAAUUUUAAUAAAACAAUAAUAUUGAUAAACAGAACGUGAAAUUUUCUUCAACAUAUCAGAAAAAACAUUUAUUUAUACGAGGAAAUAACAAAAACAUCAGAGAAAUCACAUAUCUGACAAUGAAAAGUAAAACUACACCCACAAGUAAGAAGAAACGAUAAGCAGAGGCCAGCUGAAUGAGGCAGAUAUACAGAAACAGUCAAUGACGUUAUAUUAGCAGAUAGUUGGAUAGUUUGUUUGCUAAACAAAUACAAAACUAAAAAUAGAAAAACGAAUAAAUCAAAUACAAAAAUAUAAUACUAAUUAGAAGACGUGGUGUAAUGAAUAACGAAAGGGGAAUAAUGACUACAACAAGUACCAUGCUAGAUGCGAUACCAACAAUUUCGGCGGCAGUGUCCAGUUCAUCGAUUUCAAAUGUUGUAGACAUGCAAAGCAGUAACAACGCAGUUGACGGCAUAAGUGGCGAUGGUACUAAUUAUAACAUUGUACAAAUAGUGCAGCAAAAAUUUAAGGACAAUGAAAAGGUUUUGUCGGUUUUCGAAGCAUAUCAAAUUGUUGGACAAGAACAUAGAAGUUGUCUUUUGACCUUGGUGGUGUCAGUUGCGGGUGGAACUUACGCUGUUUUUUCUCUACCAACGGCACGUUUGCCGCCACGUAACAUUGUUGAUUUAAAUAUUGAUAAGAUAUUUCCACUGAAUGAAAAUUUUCAAAUGAGUACAGAUAAAAAAGGCUCUAUAUCGGAAUUACAAUUUGAGCUGUGUAACAAAUUCUCAGAUGAACCACCUGUCAAAUUUUUCUACUACCCCAUUAUUACAGUUGCGGGCGUUUCAAAUUUUGAGACUUUUCAUGCCCAAGUCGUAAACGCUAAAAAAUCUAUGUCACACUCUACAGCAAUAUCGGAAAGUGUGUUCAGUUUCAAUUGGAUAAAUGAUUACAGACAAAUUGGUGAAGUAAAACAAGAACUUAAACGCCGUGAAAAUGAAUAUAUUAUUUUUAAAGAUUUUUCAAUUUAUUGCGCUACUUGGAACGUUAAUAAUAAGUCUUACUCCGAAAGUCCGUUGUAUAUGUGGCUAUCAGCUUGUGAGUCUCCACCAGAUAUAUAUGCCAUUGCUUUGCAAGAAUUAGACACUUCAGCCAAAGCAAUAACCUUUAGUGAAAAUCGUCCUGAUGCGCUAUGGAUCAACAAAAUGCUCGAAAGUGUACACAAAGAAGCUGAAUAUGAAGAGUUGACAACGGUGCGUUUAGUAGGCAUGAUGUUAACGGUUAUUGUGCGCAAACAAAUACGUCCAUAUAUAGCGCGUUGCAGGGUGAAAUCAGUGGCACGGGGUGUAUUUAAUACUCUUGGUAAUAAAGGAGGGGUAGCAGUUAGUAUUCAACUAAACGAGGGCAACAUCUGUUUUGUGAAUUCACAUUUAGCAGCACAUUUAGCCUUUGUAGAUGUACGAAAUGAAGACUACGCCGGAAUUGUUAAAGGAUUAAUAUUUGAUGAUGAUCUUAGACGAACUAUCAAUGACCAUGAUCAUAUUUUCUGGAUUGGAGAUUUGAAUUAUCGAAUCGAAGAACCUCCUGGAUUACAAUUACCUAUGCCACGUUCAGCACCUAAUGCCUAUGAAGUACUUCUGAAACAUGAUCAAUUGAUACAAGAAAUGCGCAAAGGCAAUUGUUUUAAUGGUUAUACUGAAGGCCCCAUUAAAUUUAGACCGACUUAUAAAUAUGAUGUAGGCACAGAUAAUUUUGAUAGCAGUGAAAAACAGCGUGCGCCUGCUUACUGUGAUCGCGUACUAUGGAAGGGUUCGCGUAUAGAGCAAUUAGCAUACGAUAGUGUGAUGGAAAUACGUUUAAGUGAUCAUAAACCUGUUUAUGCCAUAUUUAGAGUAAAGAUUAAAACAAGAGAUGAAAAACUUUAUAAACGUAUACACGAAGAAGUUCUGAAGCUCGUAGAUAAGCGUGAGAAUGAAAAUCAGCCGCAAAUUACUGUAGAGAAAACUGUCAUUGACUUUGGUUUGGUGAGAUUUAAUGAAGUAGCAGUAAGCGAUUUUACUGUUUCUAACUCCUGCUCAAUGAAAGUUGAUUUUAUGUUUAAAGUAAAGGAUCCACCUCUUAAUGACAUUUGUGAAAAAUGGUUACAAGUAGAACCUAAAUCAGAAACUUUGAUUACAGAUGCUACAAAGAGCAUACGUGUGAAACUAUUGGCUGAUGUGCGUUCAAUAACAGGAUUGUUGAAAAAAAUACGAACCACAAUUUGGAAGUUUGAUUUUGAUAUAUUAAUUUUACAUGUCAAAAAUGGACCAGAUAUUUUUAUUACCGUAACUGGCGAGUACAAACCAAGUUGUUUUGGCUUAUCUAUGGAAACGUUAUGUCGAACAGAUCGACCAUUAUGUGAAUACACGCAGGCAGAAAUGAAAGAUCUUAUGAAUGAUGAAAACCCGGAGUAUCGCGUUACUAUGCCUCGUGAAUUCUUUUUACUCAUUGAUUUUAUACACAAACAAGGGAACAAAUCAGAAGGUGCAUUUGAUUCUCUAGAAUACAAACAUGCAAAAACCGUACAGUUCAAUGAUAUACGUGACUGGUUGGAUACUUGGUCGAGCAAUGAAUUUCCUGGAACCCCGCAUGCUGCUGCGGAGGCGUUACUUAUGCUUUUAGAUUUACCAGAAACUCCUUUACUAGAUCCUUUUGUUGAAGAUCUUUUACAAACUAAUACUGCGGCUGAAGCAAUGGAGCUGAUAGCAUUGCUAAGCUCACCUAAAAGAAAUGUUUUUGUGCACUUGUGUAUGUUUCUACGUGAAGGCAUUGAACAAAAAUAUUACAAACUACAAAAUGUUGCAACUGUAUUUGGACGCGUAUUGUUACGUAGGAAUUCUAGUUUUAAGGAUUAUGUUAGGGAUACGCGCUGUCGUGAAUUUAUGCUUCGAUUUAUUAGCUCCGAUAUGGGUACAUUGUCAAACGCGACGGAGUUGUCUGCGGCUGAUACUAAUGGUGCAGUUGGCGGUGCUGUUGAUUUAAUUUAAGUAAAAAAUGGCGAAAUAAAUAUAUAUAUUAUUUUUAGGUUUAAUUUAUUGAUCAAAUUUGUUAUAAGCUAAGUUAUUUGUUAUCAUACUAAAUUCAUAGAAUUUAGUUACAAUAGUAAUUAAUCGUUUCGUUAACUUUUUUAAGUUAUAUGCAACGAUUAGUUAGUUUUAAGCUUAAACAAUA